AUGUCGGUCGAGGAUUACGACACUGAGCUUUCCGACUACUCGUCCUUCGCGAGUGAUGAUCUAUACUCGCCGAGGGCCAACCGACAUGAUGACGCGGCGAGCAUUGACCAUGACAAGUCAGCCCAGGUUGAGGGCAUGAAAGCGGCUUUCAUGGAUGUGACUGAAAGAGAGCGCUCUUAUGGUGAUCCAGUCAUCACGCCCACAAGUCUUGUCGCCAAAGGCCGUGAUCGAGACAAACCCUUCACAAAGUAUGCGCUCUUGCUACGGCGCAGGAUCAACAUCGACGGCAAAUGGGUUGGGACUCAGCUCGAGAUCCGAUCGCCGGUCAUCCAAGCUGCAUUGCAAAAGCUGCUUGCGAGCUGCUCGUAUCUGAACCUCAUGACCACGCCUAUCGUCAUCAAAGCGCCAUACGCGGUUCUGUUCCAGUUCCGACAUGAGAUUCGGGAGUAUACCAGCUCUAGCGAGAGAACCCAGGAGGAAAAGGCGCACAUGCGUGAGCUAGUCCAGUUCAUGAAUGUGAAUCUGGAAAAGCUGGAGAAAGAGUACAAUCAGUAUGCGCCGACGGGUCUAACCACUUGCGACUUGCUCUGGACGCUGUUCCGGCCGGAGACACUUGUCAUAUAUCGGACGGACCACUUUCAAGAAUGCUACAGAGUCAGCGAUUGCAGCGCUAUUGUCAUCAACGGAAGCACGUUCUUCUCGAUCACUGCGUGGUCAUGGGACUAUAACGGCAUUUCCUUCGGGCCAAGUAGGACAACAUUGCACAUCCCCGAGUUUCAGGGCGCUCGGAAGGUCACUGAGCUCAACAUCUACCCAUUCGAUGCUCUGUCUCCUGCUGAGCAGAAGGAGCUAGAAAGCAAACUGAUCGCUCGAGGCAAAGUCUGGCGCAAGUCCGUUGACCUUUGCCAUCGGGAGUAUUCAGGACCGGCCUGGGUAGAGAAGGACCCCUCUGGCUACCGUAGGGCGGAUAACAUCCGUGAUCUUAUUCCUGUCCAUGUGGAUGGGCGGAUCUUUCUCGACUACAAAUCCCACCAAGAGGAGAAUUACGCUCUAUCAACCAUCCUCUAUGGCCCAAGCGGCGCUAUCAGACCCACGGAUACAGCAAGCUCCUUCACAUAUCGUCGUACACCUCCACGCAGAGUCCGCUCGAGGUCAACCUCGCCUAUCAGGAGAGAUCCCGUAGACAUCAAGUUCCUCAACGACAUGAAGAGCCAUGAGAACAAUGAGGACUACGAGAUCACCGAUACCCAGGCACUUCUCGCGCCUGCUAGAAUCCGCGGCUUCACCCUGACCGAGAAACUUUGGGCGUUCUUCCUGGUCGACAACGUCUGCGAAGUGCAGUGGUCGGAGAACGCGUUUGAUGAUCUAGAGCUUGAAUACUCGGUCAAGAAGACCGUGCAAUCGCUAGUUAAGAACCAUUACCAAGGCAAGAGGGAGACCAACCUCAUCUCGAGGAAGGGCAAAGGUCUGGUCAUCCUAUUGUACGGCCCAACUGGCACUGGUAAGACGUUCACAGCGGGCCUGACAGCUGCUCUAGAAAGUGUUGCCGAGGCUGUCCAUCUACCCCUGUACUACGUGGGUGCCGGAGAGCUUGAUCGAGACUUGCAUCGGACGGAGCGCAAGCUGCAGCGCAUUCUCGACAUUGCCAAGCUUUGGAAGGCCAUGGUCCUCAUCGACGAGGCCGACGUCUUUCUGGCCAAGCGCACGCUCGACGAUGUCCAGCGCAACGGCCUCGUGUCCGUGUUCCUCCGUGUCCUAGAGUACCACGAAGGCGUUGUCUUCCUGACAACCAAUCGCAUCCGUGAUUUUGACUCAGCCUUCCUCUCCCGAGUGCACCUGCGUAUCCAGUACCCUCCGCUGAACCCCGUGAGCCGGGAGAAGAUCUGGCGCACAACGCUGAGGAACGUCAAGGAGGCGCAGGAAUGGCCCGAGGACAAGUACCAGUAUCUCGCAGAGACAUUCAUUCUGAAUGGAAGAGAGAUCGCCAAUUUGUCUCGCACUGCCCUUUCGAUCUCACAAACCGAUGAGUCGCCGUUGACGGCAGAGCUCCUAAGCUCAUUGUACGAGUUGAACAGAGCAGACGAGACCCUUCGAGACGGCGAGUCAGAUAGUGAAGGUGAAGGCUCUGGAAGGGAGCGGAAGGCAAGACUACGUCGUCGACGGCUGGCUGAGCAACAAGAGGCCUACUCACCGCCACCGCCACCAAUCUACCCUGUUUAA